AUGUCUUUGAAGUUAACCUUUUGUUGGCUGUUUUGUUUGCUGCUAAUUCAAGCUUCUAUUUCUGAAGCUGAGUUUUGGAAAAUGAAAAGAAGAAGUGAUUAUGAUCUCCAAGCUAAGACUAGUGCUGAAUUUCUUCAGCUGUACAAAGUGAAAUUGGAAGGUGCUAACAAUUUGAAGAAAAUGAAGGGGUCUAGUCAAAUACAACAGCAAAAGAAAAACCAGAGCCAGCAAAGCGAAGAUCAAAGGAAGAACCAUGUGAGUUUUAGAAAAUCAGUUCAAGUAGAAGAAUCUUCCUCUAUACAACAAAAAAUACAGCAGCAGAGGCAGCAACCGGUGAACUCUACGAAAUCUAACCAAGAGGAUCAUUCUGAUGAACAAGUACCAGAGGCACACUUUAGAGAGUUGAUAGAUUAUUGGAGGCUUGAAGCAAUUAAAGAAAUCAGUGCCAAAAAUGCUAGAAAUAUAGCACAGCAGAAAUGGAGACACCGAGUGGGGCCUAUAAGCUUUGCUUGUAUAAGGGAGAGAUUGCGUGCAAGCAAAGAGGAUGGAGAGAGCUCUACUCAAGCUGAUAUUUUCAUUGAAACUCGUAAAAGCAAGAAAGGAAAAAAGGUGGAUGAAGAAACAAAUAAUGUGAUUACAAAACUUCAUGACUUGGUUGAAAAUUGUGGUCAAUCUUCUUCUGAAGCUUUUAAGCAAGUGUUUGGCGACGAAAGACCGGGGAGAGUGCGAUGCUACGGGAGAACUAUGACACCAAGUGUCUUCAAAAGGAAUAAUGAAAUAGCUGAAAUUGAGAAAAAACAUGCGAAGGAAGUCCAACGUUUAACUGAUAAGGUGCAUGACAUGGAGGCAAAGCAUGAGGACAUGGAGCGAAAAUUUCAAAUUCUUCUACGGACCAUGCUGAACCAUACUGACAACGCAGUUGAUUUGGAUGCUUUAGCUGCCUUGUUACUCCCCAGUGAUGACAAUGGCCCUCUACAUUCAUCUACAUUUAUGCAUGCUCCAAAUAAUCAAGAGCAAAAUGAUGGUGGCAUGAUGGCGGAAGAAGAUGAUGCUACACUUUGAUGGUGGAAUUUGGAUCCUGUAGUUUGGAUCUUUAGUUUGGAUCUUUAGCUUAUUAGUUUGGAUUAUUAAAUUUGUUGGAUUACAUGGAUUAAAUUUUCCACUCCUUGUUGGAUUACGUGGAUUUAGAUGGUUAUGGAGGAUUGCAAGAUUCUAUCUGAUAAUUUCUACACAAGUCAGUUGCUGCAGGUUAAAAGGAAUUGCAACAAAGCUGUUGAUUUUAUGUCAAAAUAUGCUCUUUCUUUUGUUAAUCAUGUAUGGUUCUCAAUAUGGGUCCAUGCGGUCUAGGACAAAUUCUGUUAGAUGACUGUGGGGUUCCCUCUCAAUUUCCAUUUCAAUGAAUGAAAUACUAUUUUAAUUAGCAAGUAUAUAAUUGUAUUCAA